AUGGGUUCUUCGCAACCGCCUGACGGCAAUGCGCCAUUUGGCUAUCAUGUUUCCGAAGACUUCCUAUUUCUUAGAGCCCCUACGCCUCCCCCGGGAGAUCCUUUGCUCAGCAACGACGACUCUAGACUAUUGAAUAAUUUUUUCGAGGAUAUGACGUCCAACCAGUUUCCCACGUCGUACGGCGAAGGACUCAACUUCAGUGAUCAGUGGAUAAGCCAACUUCCACCAGCUUUCCUAGGUCAUACGACGUCCUUCGGGCAGCAACCGCAGCAGCCGUCAGCUUCUUCCAUGAACGGAAUGCCCGCAACUACAUAUCAAGACGUGUUUACUUUUGGCCAAAAUAUCAUGCAACCGCCAAUACCACCUCCGCCACAACCGCCUCUACAACUUCAGCAUCAACAUCACAGCACGCCAGCUCCCCAUACACCGAUCGAGCAGAAUACCCACGUCGAUGUGGCCGCUGUCUUAACGUCCCUUCAUCAUGGCCACCAGAAUGGGUAUCCGUCCGGUGCCAAUGGCAUAAAUCGCAUACCUAUUGUACCCUCCCAACAUGGAACCGCCGUCGAUCAAGUAAGACAAUCGCUUCGAACCCACGUUGGCCCCGAACGGAACAGUUCCAUUCGGUCUAGGCACGCUCCAUCUGGCGAGGCCGAUCUGCUAUUUACGGAUAUGAUGUUCGGAACCUCUCAGGGACUACCAAGCCAACGACCAAUGGAGCCACCCGAGCUACAGUGGGGUUCCGACUCGAGCUUUGCUAGAGCCCAAGGCUACAUUCCGCCCGAGCAUGAAUCCAGUGAGCUGCUUGAACAGAAGCGAAUGGGUGUUUUGAAGAUUCUCUCGAUUAGUGAAAGUGCAGCGACGACUAGACCUCCAACUCCUGUAGGUAACGGGGAAAGUUCGUCCAAUCCUUUGCGUGAUGGUAAUACGAAUGGUCACGUUAAAGAAGAGCUUGACAGAGAAGGUCCACCCGCGAAGCGACGUAAGAGCAAGAGCAAGGCAAAGGAAGAAACUGAGGAAGAGGCCGAAGAUUUAUCGUCUAUACCGCCGAGAUCCGUGGCAAGGAAGCGUAAAUCGAAAGCAGACCUAAGAGGAACUCCAGAUGCAUCUUUGACAGGCCAAGAGACGCCCGGCAAGCGGAGGAAGUCUACUAUAAGCGCAGGGAAGGCGGCACGAGAAAAUCUUACGGAUGCUCAGAAGAGAGAAAACCAUAUCAAGAGUGAACAAAAAAGAAGAGGUGCAAUAAAAGAAGGAUUCGACGAUCUGAGCGAGAUUGUUCCAAAUCUUCGGGGAGGCGGUUAUAGCAAGAGUACUAUGCUCUCUAUAGCGGGAGAAUGGCUCGAAGCUCUAUUGAAAGGCAACGAGGAGUUGGAGCGAUUAUAA